CGCCUUCAAACAAGUACGCGAAUUUCAAUCACGAAUUUUUACGAUUCAUCGAAAGCGAAAGGUAUUGCCUGACUACUGCAGUGUUAUUGUUUUUACUAUUUCUAACUUUGGCUACCAAGCGGGAAACAGCAUUUCAUAGUUGUUUAGCAAUUUAAUUAGAAAACGCGUACCAGUUUUUCUUUUUCUCCUAUUCGCUCUAUGUGUGCGUGUAUGUAUGUGAACAAGAAAUAACAUUGCCGUGCGAUAACUCAUAGAUAAAUAGUGAAUUUAGAGUAUUGUGCGCGAUGCCUCUAAACAAGCGCUGCAACAAUUGCGCCUCCAACGACCUUGACUUGUAAACGCGGCAGCAAGCGCGUUUGCAAAUACGGAAUUAAUAAUACUUUCCGAGUAACUUUGUAUGUGCAAAUAGAUAGAAGUAGUGACUGUGCAAAUCAAUGAUAAAAACAUUAAAAAAAUACAACGAAAAUCAAAUACCGAAUACCGAACAUACCGAAACUCUAGUCAGCUGCUGCGCAGCUUCACAGUAACGCAAUCGAUUUGAGAGUUUGGUAACUCAGCCACACUUUGUGAAUAAUAAUUACUUUACUGAGCAAGUAUCUGAAUUAUAUAAAAAUAAAAUACUCAACGAAUUAAAAAAACUUUAAAAGCAAGCCAUACGCCCUUAAUUAAAACGAAAAACAACCGCCCGAUCAACUGCCCGUCAGAGCAUAAAUUAAUAAAUAAAAAUUAUGUGAAUUUGUGGGCGUUUACUUGCACAUUAUUUAUGGCCGUCAAGAAAAUAUAAAAAAAUGUGCAUAAAAACAAGCCGCACGAAAAAAGCAUCAGAAAAGUAAAAAAUUAAUACAACAACUUUAAAAUUAGCUCCCAAAGUGUAAUACAGAAAUUAAUCAUACGUACAUUUCUUUUCCGUUCAGUGCCAUUACGCCCACUUUUAUAUUUCAAUCUCUGCGUGAAUUUCGCAUUCUGCCAAUUAAGUCGAAAUCAACGCUUUGAGUGUUGUGUUUUGAGUUAACUCGUUUUUGUGUUGAUGGUGAUAGAUAAGCUUUUUUCCAUUGAAAAAGUUCAGUGCUCAAUGUUUUUCAACGCAUUUCGUUUAAAAUGUUUGCACCGCGUAAUUCAUCGCCAGUACCCCUAUAUGGCAAGGAGGAUGUGGCAGCUUAUGAGAUAAAGCUCAAAAAAGUGCUCGGCCUCACAGUAUGCAGCAAUGCCGCCUUGGAUGUUUCACCCGUUAGCGGUCUAUUGGCCUAUCCAGCAGGCUGCACCGUGGUUCUGUUCAAUGCGAAACGUCAAACACAGGCCUACCUGGUCAACACCUCCCGCAAAGCUUUCACAUCGGUCGCAUUUUCGCGUUGCGGCCGUUAUGUGGCCACCGGCGAGUGUGGCAUCAAUCCCGCUAUCAAAGUAUGGGAGCUAGACUCGCCGAAUGGCAACCUGGAGCACACUACCGGCGGCAAUGUGGUGGCGGAAUUUUUCGAUCACAAAUACGCCGUCACAUGUGUGGCCUUCUCGCCCACCGGCAAGUACCUGGUAUCCAUUGGUUCACAACACGAUAUGAUUGUGAAUGUCUUCGAUUGGAAGUCGAAUCAAAAAAUGGCCUCGAAUAAAAUCAGCUCUAAAGUGUCGGCACUGAGUUUCGCCGAGGAUGGCAGUUACUUUGUUACAGUGGGCAAUCGUCAUGUCAAAUACUGGUACAUGGAGGGCGGCCGCAGGUACAAGGAUCCCAUACCGCUUAUGGGACGUAGUGCCAUAUUGGGUGAUUUGCGCGACAACGACUUUUGUGCGGUCGCCUGCGGCAAGGAUGAGACGAAGGACCGCACAUAUGCCAUCACCCGGCAGGGUCAUUUGGUUGAGUUCAGCUCACGCCGUUUGUUAGACAAGUGGGUGCAAUGUCGCACAACGAGUGCAAAUUGCUUAACGGUGAAUGCGCGUUUCAUACUCGUCGGUUGUGCCGAAGCCAUUAUACGCAUUUUUAAUGCUACUACACUGGAAUAUGUGACGACAUUGCCACGCACACAUUAUCUGGGUGUCGAUGUGGCGCAGGGAAUACAUAUCAAUCACAUAAUGACUGUGCCACCGCAUGCCAAAUAUCCGGACUGUGUAGCGAUGGUGUACGAUGAACAGAGAUCGAAGGUCAGUUGUGUGUACAAUGAUCACUCGCUGUAUAUUUGGGACAUGCGAGAUAUCAAACGUGUGGGAAAAUCGCACUCCUUCCUAUAUCAUUCCACCUGCAUUUGGGGCGUGGAAACUGUGCCAUACAAUUUGGAGCGCGAUGUGUCAGACACAUUGCCCGAGGAGUCGUUUGUUACGUGCUCCUCGGAUGACACAAUCCGCGUUUGGGGUCUUGAUGGCUGUACCAACACCGAAAAUUAUCGUAAAAAUAUUUACUCCAAGGAGCUAUUGAAAAUUAUGUACAUCGAUGAUGAAAUGAAUUUUAUCAAGGAUCAAGAUCUAGCGGGCGAUAAGAACUCUAAUACAGCUUAUGAUGGUCGCAAUGGCGUGCGAUGCAUACGAAUAAGUCCAGAGUUGCAACAUUUGGCAAGCGGUGAUCGUUGCGGCAAUAUAAGAAUUUACAAUUUGGCUAACACCAAAAUCAUCAUGACAAUUGAGGCGCACGAAUCAGAAGUGUUGUGCCUGGAGUACUCGAAUGAAAAGAUCGAACGAAAGCUACUGGCCAGUGCCAGCCGAGAUCGGCUAAUUCAUGUAUUCGACGUAUCGCAAGACUAUUUGUUGCUGCAAACGCUGGACGAUCACUCGUCGUCCAUAACAUCGAUAAAGUUUGUGGGCUCGGGACUUAAUUUCCAGAUGAUCUCUUGUGGUGCAGAUAAAUCGAUUAUGUUCAGAACGUUCCAGGGCAACAUUUUCUUGCGCGGCACAAAUACCUCCGGCAAGACGACGUUGUACGACAUGGAAGUUGAUUCUAAUGCCAAGCACAUACUCACCGCCUGCCAGGACCGCAAUAUACGUGUAUAUGGCACCCAGAAUGCCAAACAUACAAAAACCUUUAAGGGUUCGCACUCGGAUGAAGGCAGUUUAAUUAAGCUCAGCCUCGAUCCCAGUGGCAUUUAUGUGGCCACCUCCUGUACGGACAAAACGCUCGCAGUUUACGAUUACUAUUCGAAUGAGUGCAUGGCGCGUAUGUACGGCCACAGCGAGCUGGUCACUGGACUCAAAUUCACUAACGACUGUCGCCAUUUAAUCUCGGCCAGCGGUGAUGGUUGUAUUUUCGUGUGGCAAGUGCCGCACGAUAUGAUUGUCACAAUGCAAGCGCGCCUCUCACAACAGCGCCUACGCUCAGGUCAUGCGCCACUACCACCCCGUCCUGGUUCGAUUAUCGCCACACCGGAAGGCAUCAUUAUCGAAUCGCCAACACAUGAAAUGGAUGAGUUGGCAACCCCACAGAAAUUUACUGCGUCGCCGUCAAUGUUCACCGACGAACCAGCAUUGACGCCCGGCUACAAAUUCUCCGACGUGGGUCAGCUGCCGCAAUGGGCGAAGCGAAAAGCCGCGGCGAAUACGGAUGAAUCGAGUGGCGGCGGAGGCGGUGUUGCUAUACCUGGUUCAACAAUCUCCGCCAUGCAAUCUGCAUCAUCCACCUCCAAUUUGAGCUCCUCACCCAGUCAGUUGGGAGUUGGAGGAGUGCCACGAGCGCGUGGACGUUGGGCACAACGAGGCCCAUUUGAUCCCGAUGACUUACGGUCGAAUUCGGAAAGCCCUCUGGGUACUGUGUCAUCGAGCGGCGGAGGUGGUGGUGGUGUCAUCGGCGGGGGCGUAGGUGUUGGUGGCGUGGGUGGAGGCGGUAUGGGAAACACACAAACGUCCGACUACAAUAGCGCCUCCUCCAAGGACAUUAUGUACAACCAGACUUACCUCAGUGAAGACUCGUCGAUUGACUCGGGUAUGGAGACGCGGCGCGAACUGAAAUUUAUUGGCAGCAAUAAUAGCGGUACCGUGCCAACGGCGGCUGGCAAUAAUGGUGCUGGCCCAUCAACGAAUCGAUUGGCGCCGGAAAAACGUAAACCUGGUCUGCGUUUUGAUGCGCAAUCCAAUGAACAUGAUGGCGAUGUAGAGGAUAUCUCUGAUGGCGAACGCACAAGUUCGGAUCACGGCAUGUUCUACAACAACAUUUCGCCCGGCACACCAACGGAUUUCAAAGUGACCGCCAUGAAUGAAGAUGAGCUGCGAAAGUCAAUGCGGAGGCAGAAAUUCGAGAAGACCGGUCUAACGUUACCAGGUAAUGGCAGCACACACACCGCCAGCACUGGUACUGGUACAGGCACCUCCGAUACCGAAGACGAAGGUUCAACGCCGAGCGCUGAAAAUGCUGAGCGCUCGUUAGCAUCCACGUUAGGCGGCAGCUCGGAGAGUAUACCGCAAACCACGAGUGGUUUCCUGCAGGCCGCCCUACCCGAAGGCCCAGGCAGCAUGCUGGAGCGGGGCAGCACAAAUCGACGCAGUAUUAGUGCCAAACACAACACAGAGAACGGCAAGCCUGUCUCCUCUACAGCCACCAUAACAAAAUCCUUCACCAGCACGAAGAAAGAUGAGCUGCUGAAGGUGAUCAGUGAAGUGAAACAGCAGCUAGAAAAUGGCGCACGUAAAAAUGGAGUUAAGAGAUUGAAUGCUAUACCGGAGGUUGGCUAUCGAUCGCUUCGUGGCAGUCACAGCAUUUCGGAUCUAAGUCUGGCGGGCAAUAUGGAUAAUGCGUCGAGAUCGGCGGCUGCGGCGAGUCGUUAUGCAAAGACAGCUCCUCUUAAUGAACCCCAACAGUACGCUAGCUAUUAUCACUCACCACCACCAUCCUUACAACAACAACAUGAACAGCAACAACAGAUGCCGCCAUAUACACAACAAAUUCUAUCGCAGCAACAAUAUCAAAAAACACAGCCAUAUACACCGUAUCCGCGCUCACCGCUGCAACAGUCCUUUAGUCAGCAGCAACAACAGCCACAACAUUUUUUCAAUUGCGCAGCGCCACGUUCUGUAAUGCAACAAAGCUGUCAAGCGAUGCGUCAAGUGCAACAACACUAUCCACCAUACCCGCAUCAUGUUGGCGUGCACCAAAUACACCCACCACCUGGCGUUCCAUUUAUGGCGCCUAAUGCACGCAAUGCAGGGACACAAGCACACACAUCCACUCAACAGACUGGCAAACAAUCAGCGGCCUUUAAUGGCUCGACAUUGCCUGCACAUGGCCAGUAUUCGCGCGUCAAACGAAAUCCGGCAGGCAAUGCGCGCCGCACACCGAGUAUUCUGAAGCAUUACAAGUCGUGCCCUGUGUCGCCGGUGCAUGAAGAGGUUGAGUGGUCAGCAGAUAAUCGUAGUAGCAUUAUUAUUACCGAACCGAAGCGGCAUUCGGUGUACGCGGAGGAUGCGCGCACCAUACUCGAUAUGAUACAAGCUGAUACGGAGAAGAUGAUCGAGGAAAUACAGAAGAAGUAUGGGGAUCUAGAUGAUAUUGGCAUGGAUGUGUAUGACGCAAAAUUGGGCGGACGCUACUCUCAAAUCAUCGCUUCGCAAUCAGUGCCCGCGGGUCUUUCGCCGGCCAAGCAGUCAGCUAACGCACUCACUGCGGGGCCACAACUAAGGAAUACUUUGCCCUAUCAAAUGCCCUCACCAGGCACUGUAACGCCGCCAAAACGCGCUGUGUCGGAAUACUACAUUUAUCAGGAGUUCUAUGAGUGCCAUCGAAAUGUUUCACUCUCGGAUAUAUUGGCGCCAGAGCAGCAAGCAGAAAUGCGUCGUAUCGAAGAGGCGCGUUUCCUUGAAACGCAGCGACACUCCAGCGCCAGUUUCUUCCUCACCUCGCAGUUUGGCGAAAGAAAAAGUCAAGAGUCUCUGCUAUCCGAUGACUUCUUGGAUGAAGGCAGUUACUGCAAUAGCAUGGAAAGCGUGCUUUCUGACGAGAGUGACUGUAAAAGCGCGCCCAUGGAAACACAAGUGCAACGUCAUGCUGGCAUACGAAAUUUCAUAUUGCAUGGACCUGUAAGCACCGCGGCGGCAAACACCGCACAGCUGGUGACCAAAUCGUAUGGGUCCAGUCCGAAUGCUUAUGGUAGUUUCGAUUACUACAUGCAGCAGCGCAAUAUGCAGCACUCGCCGCUGCCUUAUGAAAGCUUUGACAUGUCGAGUUAUAAUUUGGAAAAUUUCAGGACGGAGAGUGUGCGCCCGAAAACCGCACAACCACUGAAGCAACUGCCCAGCUCAAAAACAUAUCCCAGAAUUGCUGAUUCGCCCAAGACAUAUGUUAGCACAAAAGCGGAGGAUAUACCAACUCUCAGCUCCAAGAACAAACAAUACAACUUGGGUGUCAAUAAGAGUCUGAGUCAAGAUUUUGCACAACAAAGACUGCAACGCACAACUAACCCACUGCAAAUGGAACGCAUCGCUUACGAGGACAAAUUGUUUGCCAAGAAGGUGGUGAAACCAAAACCGCCGGUACCAGCGAAACCACAAAAUCUCAUAUCAACUUUAACUUCCACCGUAGAGACCGCAAACGGCAAUAUCGCGCCGAAAGACACCACGCCAAAAUAUUACCCCUUCGAUGUUGGCACCGUAAACGCGCGUUGUCAAUCGCGCACCGCCAGUGUCGUGCGCAAAUUCGAAAGAAAUCUACAGAAGUUCGAGCGCGAAAAGCAGGCGGAGCUGCAAGCUAAGAAAGCGAGUGGCAUGCGUCCUUCUGUCAGCAGCGGCGCGCUCACCACGCAUAGCUGUUUAAAAAAAGUUUCGAAAUUUGAUACGAACGAAAAGAGCACGUCAGCGUCGCGGCGCGCCACUAGCAUGCGCACACGCGGACGCCCAAAAGUGGCAGUGCGCUUCAAUACAGUGUCACAAAUAAAGUAUACGCCAAGCGAGAAGCGUUCGUCUUCGUGUAGCAGCGGUAGUAUCGCCUCCGCCUGCGCAGCCGUCGAGAGUGAGGCGCCCAUUACAGCAAUAUGUCCGCUGAACGAUAUUAAUAGCAACGCAGAAUCUCCUCCGCCUAUAGUUGGCAGUUUGCCGAGCGAUUAUGGUGGUGAGCGUUCAUUCGAAAUGUACAUUGCAGAAAAUGGUAACGCGCAUGAAAAUAUGAAUAUGGAUAGCUUGAAAUUGUAUACGAAACCCGAACUGCAAGCGGUGGUCGAUGAGAUACAGCAAGAGCGUGAACGUGAUGCCAAGCAUAAAAAGAAUAUGGCCAAUGUGGAGAGAACAACUACUACAGCGGGGGCCGAUUCGACAACAAGCAAUCAAUGUAAAAAUAUUGCCAAAAAAAUCGAUAUCAUACAAAAAUUAAUCGAAAUGGAAGAGCGAAAGCUGGAGCAAAUACGCGUUGCAACGGAAUCGCGCAUGCGUCCCUUCGAAUGCAAUUCCAAGCAAAAGGGUUAUGUGAAGAGUUUGACUAUGAACUUCGAUAUGCUCGCCAAAGGUAUCGAGAAGGAUAUCGAGAACGAGCAGCGUCGCGUAUGUACGGAUAGUAAUGAUACCGAUUUGUGCGCCUAUGCGCGUCAUAUCAAACGCAAUGUUAGCCUGCCCGAUGUGCUGGAACGUACCGAUUUAUUUGGCAAAUCACCGUCAGCAUCCCACUCGUCUACAGAUGAGGAUGAGGUUGAGCUGGCGAAGGAGGUGAAAGCCGACUCGGAUGUGGAUGUAGCAGAGGAGCCUGAUGUUGUCGAGCAUGAGAGCGAGAAAAUGCGCAUUGACUUCGAUGAGAAGGAUCGAGGUAACCCGAAAAGUUUACUACCAAUGCCAGUUGAAGACUCAUCAAUGCGUCGCUCUUGUUCGCUUAGUGAUUUGCAUAUGGGAAAUAUUGGCAACAUGGGUAAACCUGGCAAAUCCAAUGGCAGCCAAUUGAAAAAUCCCGGCGUUGCUUAUCGAAAUAGCUCAGCGACGAGGUCUGCAAAUAAGCGCAAUAGUCUGCAGCUGAAAAGUGCUGGUGGAUUAGGUGCAUCGAGUUCUUCCGUUGGUGUACUAAAUCAGGCGAGCGACUCGGAAAAUGAAGACAAUAAUCGAGGGCGGAGCAGCGGAAAUAAUCAAAAUCGUAGCAAUGGGCCCACUACCGCCAAUCGUCAGUAUUCCAACAAGAAUUCUAAUACUAAUAAUAAUAGGCGAAAAGGAUUACAGCCAAAUUUCAGUAACGCCGCCCCGCUCCAAGACGAUUCCAGCUCUGAAGAGACACCCGGCGGUUCAAACAACUCCAAACCAAUCGUGCCACCACGCCCGCGUAAUUUAACCUUCGAUCAUAAGAGUAAAGUUCUCAACAGUCCGAAUGUGAUGAAGCAACGCGGAGCAUUUGAAGCGCCAGAAUUUGGCGCACUGGAAGGAAGUGAUCCGAAAUCACAAGUGCACAAUGUAAUCAACAAUUUAUAUACAACAACACAGACGGUCAUGCAGCUGCAUGCGAAUCUAAAGAAUUGUGAAGAUUCAUUGAUGUUAAAGGAGCUAGAGAAUGCUGUGAUUAUGACACAAAACAUGUUGACAAACAUUACACAAAAUAAAAAUGACAAAACCAAUUCACAACAUAGUCACGCGUACACAACUACGGAACAGGCGAAUCUCGACAAUGGCGACUACCUAAUGAUGGUCAAUAAUUGCGCCGACCUUUUAAGCAAUUUUCGUAUGAAGCACAAACUUGACGACUGUGAGAAUAACUCCUAGUGCAGUAGCAGCAGCACUAGCAGCGGUGGAGAAUUUAGUUUUAAUUAAAUGUGUAAAGCGAGCAAACAAGUGAAAAGUAAAAAAAAAGGAAAAAGUAAAAGCGAAAAAGAAAGAGAAACAUUAUAAUAAGACACAAACAAAAACAAACAAAACAAAAUAAAUAAUAAUAUAACAAUGGCAACUAAACUAACACGAAAACUAACUGCAGAAUAAAAAAAAUGAAAAGCAAGAAUAGGAAGUCGAGGAACAGAAAUGGAGAAUCGAGAGUGUCUAAAUGUGUCAACUCCAUUUUGGAGAGUUACUAAUAAAUUAAAUAUUAAAUAUGAGUAAACGGAGUUAUGUCAUUAGAAAUCGUAAGUGAAACAAGGCAGCGUAUUUUGUGUAUGUCUACUUCAUUCCCUCUAACGCAGUUGUAACAAGACAUCAACAAAAUUGAAAUAGAAGAAAGAUAACAAUAAAUUUUAUUUGUAAGUGUACGAGCAUAAUUUUAGGCGUAAAAGCAGAUCGCACGUGAUUUGCUCCAUGCAUAGAUAUAAACUUACAUACCCGUAACGUUGUUGUUAACGUACUACAUAUUUUUUUC